UCUCAAGCACAGAAGCACGGAGCAGAGCAGAGGCGCAGCCCCUGUAUCCGACACCGGCAUCGGUCUCCUGGCUCGGCGCUCAGGCACGGCUCGGCUGCGCCAUGGGCCUCGUUGAGCAGAGCGGCGCAUCGGGCAGCAGCAGCCGGCCCAUCGAGCUGCUCAGCCAGGAAAGCUCGAGCUCAAGCGUGGUGCUGCAGAACGCAGCGCAGAGCACCGCAGCACUGCUGGACGCAGGCGCACCUCGGCAUUCUCGCACGGCUGGGAGCAAGAGCCGCUGGGACUCUGGCCUCGCGCCUCCGGCCGACCUCAAGGAGCAUGCCGAGCGCAAGGGCUACCGUCUCGGACCUGGUCGGGCCGGCGUACUGCGAGGUCAAGACGCUGUACAACAUCAUCGGCCUCUCACACCUUCCCGUCGAAGCACGGCCGAGCACGAUUCGCACGCCGCUCGGCGCAGUCAUCCAGCCCAACGUGAAGAUCGCCGUCGAGCGCGAGCGCACGAUGGACGAGGGCAGAAAAGUGCACAAGAAGCUCGAGGAGGAGCUCCAUCCAGUGACCGUGCGCGUUCGCACGCGCACUCGCGAAGACGCCUGGGCCCUGCGAUAUCUUCGCUUGAUCACUGGCCUGCGCUCGCUGCUGGACGGCGGCUGCGUGCGGGAGCUGCCCGUCUUUGGCUUCGUCGAGGGCCGCCUCGUGAUGGGCGUGAUUGACGAGGUAAUCCGGCGUGAGCUGCCUGCGCUGCCAAGCCGAGACGCCGCAGGUCCGAGCCAGCAGGCCAAGCGGUCAGCAUCAUCGAACACGUCCUCGCCAACGAAGAAGUGGGCGUCGCAGGACGAGUGGCGGCGUCAGUCUGCGCGCCGUGCUGCGACGGACAAGUCGCCGGGCAAGGCACAGCCAAGUCUCGCGAGCUUCUUUGGCGGCGCAUCUGCAGGGAAGGACAAGGCAGCGGCCGAAGGUGCGCCGCCUCUCUCGCAAGUGAAGCGAAGCAGCCAAGCAGAGAAGCAAUCACAGGCACCUGCAAAGCGCUUCGGCUUCUACAUUUCGGACACCAAGACUCGGCUCUCGAACUCCAUCCCGUACGAAGACGCGCAGCAGAGCGCGCGCAUGCAGGUCGCGCUGUACAAGCGACUGCUCGACGGCCUCGUUCUUCCAUACGUGGCACGCGAAGGUUCAGCCAGCGAAGGUCCGAGUGGCGAGCCGAGCGAGCCCGUGCUUGAUCCGCAUGCCACCGAGCUUUCGCCUGCGAUGCUCUUCGCAGCGCUCGACCUGGACGCCAAAGCUCGUCUGUCGUCCGCCUUCGCUGCGGAUGCCGAGGCGCUCUGCGAAAGCUAUGAUUUGCAGCUUCUGCGUGAGCUGUCGCCCUCACACGCGGAGUCGGGCGACGCUAGCUCGAGAGAAGGCCUCGUAGGUGCAUCGCCAGCGGCAGAACAUCGACCUACACCCUCGCCGCCUGGCUCGCGUCCGCCGAGUCCUCGACAGCACUCUCCCGCCUCCGAUCACGGAUCGGACGACUCGGAGGUCGAGAAGGUGUCUCGCAGCUGCACACUCGAGGACGUUGCGCGGCUCUUCGCAGAGACGGUCGAAGAGCUGCUAGAGCAGGCAGCGCAGAGCGACUCGGUCGCUGAUGGGGCUCGCAAGCGCGAACGAGGCGCUUUUCAGGCUGAGCUCGAGCUGCAGUACCGCCUGCAAGCCUCGGCUGGCCGCUUCCGCAAGCGCAAGCUACGUGAAAGCGAAGAGCCCAGGUCGAAGGAUGGCGCGUUCUCGAGACGAGCACGCGGCGGAAAGCGAGGCUCGACAAGAUCGACCAAGGCAGUCACGAAGACGGCGACACGAUUGGAGCAGUCCAUGCUGUCGUUCCCGCCGGCCGUCCGCGAGGCAUCCGCCGGCGUCGAGGAGCAGGAUGCGCUUCUCAGCGAUGACGCAGAAGCCGCGCAAGAGCGCGCUGAUCUGGCCUUGGCGCUGCAGCUGAGCAUCCAGCUGCAAGAGGACGCGACGGUCGCUCGAGACGAAGAUGCACGCAUCGAAGCGGACGCCGUGCCGCUCAGCACACCGUCUCAGCGGAGUGCUGCACGAGGCAGUCAGAGCGCAGUCUCCGGCAUCCAGUCGCAGAGCACCGAACACAUCAGCGCAGCGUCGCCUCAGGCGACGAGCAGAGUAGUAGACGGCCCAGCGGCGAGCGAGUCGCAGCUCGAGGUGGAAGCCAUCUUCGCACCUGCAGCGGAGCGGAGAGACGCAGCAAGCAGCCAGGAGCAUGUUGGUCAAGCUCGUCCAUCGCCAUUCUCGUCUGCCCCAGCGCGCGAAGCAGCGCCUCUCAUCGGCAUCGUGCGCUUCACAUUCGCUCCGGCUGCGCUCGAUGCGCAUCUACGCUCAGUACUGGCACUCUGGUCGGGCGCACGCGAGCCUCGCGGCGUGGGACCUGGCGAGGUGUAUCGCUGCCGCAUGUGCGAGUACGAAGAGGGCUGCGAGUGGCUCAGCGCCAAAGCGCAGGAAGCGCAGCUGGCGUACGAGGAGCGCAAGCGUGCGCGCGAGGCACUGACUGCGGCGCCGCGCGAUCUCGAGGAUGAAGAGGCACUCUGGACGGCGACGCACGGGCUCGAAGAGAGCGCAAGCGGAGCGCAAGAUUCCGAUGCGGAUCUGUGGGAGCAUCUGGACGUGCCAGCCGAAGCGUUCGGCGCAGACUGGUGAAGGGAACGAGGUGCGGCUGGCCGCGGGUAUCAUCGCAUUGAGUCGGCGAGCAGAACAAGCAUUGUAGCAUAGCCAAGACACGCCACGGGCAGCACAUUCCUGCGCAUCGUGACGUCCCAGUGAAAGACGCGUCCCGGCUCCUCCUCUCUGGACGUGGCGGCGUCGCUGCGGCUCGAUGGGUCGCGCGUUCGUCGGCGGUACGAGCGGGAGCGCGGAGACUGCGUGUCCGUCUCGGCCUCGGUGACCGCAUCGGUCUCGCCGACAUCGCUGUGCUCUGCGAUCGUCGCAUCUGCCUCCCAGCCGCGUCGUGCGGUGCGGCGAUCUGCCUGAGGCGCUCCCAUGAUCGCGCGCCAGAAGCGCCUGCCAGGCUCGUGCCGCCGCUUGGCCGCACGAGCGCCGUUGCCGCCAGCCUCGUCGGGCGCAUCGGCGAUGUUCAGUGUCACCCAGCGUGCAACAGUGUCG